CUUGUCAUAUGAAGAUAAAUAAUAAAGAGAAAAUAUAGAUAUAACUAGUAGUUACUGGCGGAGAGAGUGACGUCAUCGUUUGUGCUGCUGGCAGAACGAACGUCUCUGAAACUACCAGAUCCAACAUGGAGAGAAAAGUUCUAGCACUUCAAGCAAGGAAGAAGAGGGCGAAAGCAAAGAAGUCGAGCAAGAAACAGACAGCCCACCCCAGGGGUGCAGCACCCCAGCAGCAGCCCCAGCCAGAGGCCUCUCCCCAGGAACCAGAUGAGCCUGAGGAGAUCUUAGGCUCUGAUGAUGAGGAGCAGGAGGAUCCCAAUGACUACUGCAAGGGUGGCUACCACCAUGUAAAGAUAGGAGACCUGUUCAAUGGGAGGUACCAUGUGAUCAGGAAGCUGGGCUGGGGACACUUCUCCACUGUGUGGCUGGCUUGGGACAUUCAGGUGAAGAGGUUUGUGGCUAUGAAAGUGGUGAAGAGUGCAGAGCAUUACACAGAGACGGCUGUAGAUGAGAUCAAACUGCUCAGAUCUGUGAGAAACACAGACCCUGACGAUCCCAAGAGGGAGAUGGUGGUUCAGCUACUGGAUGACUUCAAGAUCUCCGGUGUCAACGGGACUCAUGUGUGCAUGGUGUUCGAGGUGCUGGGGCACCACCUACUGAAGUGGAUCAUCAAGUCCAACUACCAGGGCCUUCCUCUGCCCUGCGUCAAGACCAUCAUACGACAGGUUCUCCAGGGGUUGGACUACCUUCACACCAAGUGUGAGAUCAUCCACACUGACAUCAAGCCAGAGAACAUCUUGUUGACGGUGAAUGAGCCAUACGUGAGGAGGCUGGCAGCAGAGGCUACAGAGUGGCAGAAAGCAGGGGCUCCCCCUCCCUCAGGGUCCGCAGUCAGCACAGCUCCAGCUCCAAAAGCAACGACCAAAAUGUCCAAGAACAAGAAGAAGAAAUUAAAGAAGAAGCAGAAGCGUCAGGCGGAGCUGUUGGAGAAGUGCAUUCUGGAUCUGGAGGAGAUGGAGAAGGCUCCGGAGAGGGAGGAGGAGGAGGAGGAUGAUGAAGAGGAGGAUCCGGAGUCUCCCAAGCAGCAGCGGCCAUAUCGUGCUCCUCUCGGACAAGUCUCCUUGCAGGAAGUAGCCAGCCAAGACACAGCAGGAUGCAUUGCGGGUGCGGAGGUGACGUGGUUAGGACCAGAAGGGAUAAUAACAGACGCAGAAGUGAACUGUAACGGCCUUCAUCCUGAGGCAGACGACAAUGAAACGGAGGAGAGGAAGGCACAGUGGAGAGAGCAAGACCAACACAACGGUAACGUAGACCAAACAGGGGAUUGUCCUCUUCUUCAGGAGUCUCCACCACCUCAACCCGUGUAUAACGGCCUGGUGUCCCCGGAUACCCCAGAGAGUGAGGAGGGGAGUGGAGCACUGACCAGGAAGGAGGCUGAAAUAAAGACUAAAGCAUCCGAGACUGAGACGAAAAGCUUUGGCGGCCUGGAGGAGCUAUCGUCAGAGGAGCAGAAGAAUCAGGGCAGGAGUCAAGUGGAAGUCACAGAGGAGGCGCAGGGCAGGAGUCGUGGAGAGGAGGCCACAGAGGAGGCGCAGGGCAGGAGUCGUGGAGAGGAGGCGCUGGAGAACGUCCAGUAUGGAGGAGAACAGGAGAGUCUGAAGGAUGGUGAGAAGACGGCCAAAUUAGCAGCGGGGAACCUCCUGGUGAACCCUCUGGAGCCACUCAACGCAGACAGACUGAAGGUCAAGAUAGCAGACCUGGGCAACGCCUGCUGGCUGCACAAGCACUUUACGGAAGACAUCCAGACGAGACAGUACCGUUCUCUAGAGGUGCUCAUAGGGUCUGGCUACAACACACCAGCUGACAUAUGGAGUACAGCCUGCAUGGCGUUUGAGCUGGCCACUGGGGACUACUUGUUUGAGCCUCAUUCCGGGGAAGAUUACUCCAGGGACGAAGACCAUAUCGCAUUGAUCAUCGAGCUGCUGGGGCAAGUCCCACACAAACUCGUAACAGCUGGGAGAUAUUCCAAGGAUUUCUUCACCAAGAAAGGGGACCUGAAGCACAUCACCAAGCUGAAGCCGUGGGGGUUACUAGAGGUGCUGCAGGAUAAGUACGAGUGGUCCAAAGAGGAGGCUGAUUGUUUCGCUGACUUCCUCCUCCCCAUGCUGGAGCUGGUACCAGAGAAGAGGGCCACGGCUGCAGACUGCCUGCGCCACCCCUGGAUCGCCCCCCAGUGACGGCCCCCCAGUACUGCAAUGCAAAACACCUAGGGCCUGUUCAGUCGGCAAACGUUUUUGAACGUUGCAGCUAAUUCGAAUGACUGGAGCUGACUUAACUAAUUUUUCUACUUGUCAUUGAGGCAUGUUUGUUCUCCAUUAAGGAGUUCUAUCCGAACGUUCCAUAACGUUUUGCCCUGCUGAAUGCGGCCCGGCCUGGUUUGCCCCUGAUGAAACCUUCCAACCACUGUAAUGUAAAACCCUGGGGCUAUGUUCAGGAGUAUGUAACCUCCAGUAAGCCCAACUCCGGUCCUCCAGUAAGCCCAACUCCGGUCCUCCAGUAAGCCCAACUCCGGUCCUCCAGUAAGCCCAACUCCGGUCCUCCAGUAAGCCCAACUCCGGUCCUCCAGUAAGCCCAACUCCGGUCCUCCAGUAAGCCCUACAGCAGCCUUUUGUUGUAGACCUGGACAAACACACCUGAUACAGCUCAUUGAGGACCUGAUGAAUAGUUUAAUCAGGUGUGCUUAUCUGAGAAUGUGUACUGUUGUGGAGUUAGGAAAUACUGUGGGAAAUGACUCCAAAUGUGAAAGUAGCGUUUCACAUCCCUGAAUUACAUCCCUAGAUGUAUACUCUCUAGUGGAGGCAUCUGGCCACCGGGAUGCAAAUUAAACCUCUUACAAGAGACUUGUUGCAAUAGAUCACUUUCCAAUUGGAUCAUCUGAGAUGGCUAUUUAUUUUGGGUUUGUAUUCUUACAUUUUGUUCUUAUUGUCAUCAAGGACUCUUUGUCUUUUAAAAAAAAUAUUUGUUUCUCCUUUUUUCUUUCCUUUUGUACUGAUGUUUAAGAAGCCAGUAGACCACACUGACCAUAAACCAAUCAUUUUGAUGGUCCAUAAGUCUGUGCUCUGUACACUUCUCACCCAUGUACACUAUAUAUACAAAGUAUGUGGACACCCCUUCAAAAUUUGUGGAUUUGGCUAUUUCAGCCACACCUAAUGCUGACAGGUGUAUAAAAUCGAGCAUGCAGCCAUGCAAUCUCCAUAGACAAACAUUGGCAGUAGAUUGAAUGGCCUUACUGAAGAGCAACAUGGCACCGUCAUAGGAUGCCAUCUUUCCAAAAAGUCAUUUUGUCAAAUUUCUGCCCUGCUAGAGCUGCCCUGUCCUGCUAGAACUGCCCCGGUCAGCUGUAAAUGCUGUUGUUGUGGAAACGUCUUGGAGCAACAACGGCUCAGCCGCGAAGUGGUAGGCCACACAAACUCACAGAACGGGACCACCGAGUGCUGAAGCACGUUUAAAAUCAUUUCCUUGGUUGCAACACUCACUACCGAGUUCCAAACUACCUCUGGAAGCAACGUCAACUCCAUAUUAAUGGUUUUGGAAUGAGAUGUUUGUUGAGUAGGUGUCCACAUACUUUUGGGGCUGUAGUGUAAGAUAACUUGUGAUUCCCACCACCAUCUUGCUUUGUUCUACCCCAGCACAAGACCUGGAGCAGAACACGAUCAAGGAACUGUAGUCACUAGUGCCCUCCACCACUUGCUUUGUUCUACCCCAGCACAAGACCUGGAGCAGAACACGAUCAAGGAACUGUCGUCACUAGUGCCCUCCACUACUUGCUUUGUUCUACCCCAGCACAAGACCUGGAGCAGAACACGAUCAAGGAACUGUCGUCACUAGUGCCCUCCACCACUUUUCUUUGUCAUAUAACUUGAUACCACUUGAUUUUUCCUCUGAUAAAGGCUAAGAGUACUAAUGUGUUACAUCUUCACCCAUAAGGCAUUUUGUUUUGUAUUAGGAAGUUGCACAUGGGGCAAACGAACAUGAACAAACGUGUAGGUUGCACUCCACUCUCUUUUGACUGAACGAUUUCUAGUUCUCCUUCUCCACAGGAAAUUCAUUUAGAGGGCUGUCUAGCUGUUCGGAUCAGUAAAAUCCACACCACCUUGUUUGUACAGAAUCUGUUAUUGUUCUACCUUGUCAUUGAUUCAUUCUCAUCGGAUAAGAGACUGGUUUUCUCAUGUUUUGUGGGUUUCAUUAAGUAAUAUUAUGUUCAUAAGAGCCCCCCAUCCAAAAUGAGACAUUUUGAAAAAUAAAAUUGUCUGUGUGUAUA